AAUUGCUUGGCACCACCUAUUUUCGGAUGCAAUUAUCAGUUUCCGGCAAACUCGAGGCAAAGAAAUUUAGUGUCGGUUUUAAUCUCGGCGGCAAAUGUUUGAAUGUUGAGCGAAGUGCCAAUGUAGAUAGGUGUAAUGUUUUAAGUGGGGAGCCUAUUUAAGAACAUGAAGUAAUAAAUAUUAAAGUUAUCUUAGCAAUCAUGGAUACGACAGACGAUAUUUCUAGUACUUGUGAAAACGAGUUUGUUCGUAACGCAGAUAAUAAUGGCGUGUUGUGCAGUGCUGAAAGAGACUCAAGUUACGAUUGUGAAUCAGAAACGGAAUAUGAUAGUGAAAAUGAAACUAUAGAUAUUUGUGAUAACAGUGAACAGUCCAAUCAUCGAAACGUGGAAAAUAAAACCAUAAAAAACGUAAUAAAUCCUAUACUGAAUGCUGAUAAGUUGUGCUUUUUUGAACAAAAUCGAGUAAUAUUUCCAACAAAGACAUUUGACAAUUUUAGAAAUCUCCGCAAUGGAAGUGAAUCAUCUCAUAAUAGUGCGAAAGAUUCUGUGAACAGUGUGAUUCAUGGUAAAAGUAAAACUUUUCUUAUAGACAGUAUUUUAGGUAACAAUAAAAGUAACAGUUCUAAACUCGUUAGUAAUAAAAAUCUGGACGAUGUCGACAACGUUGAAGAAAGUACGGAUGAACAUAACGUAUCAUCAACAUCGACGUGCCCGGAGCUGAGCGCGUUGAAUGACGCAGGGUUACUCGCGGGACAUGCGUACGCGCAUUGGCUUGCUACGCAUCAACCCUCCGCUGCUCUUUAUGAUGACAAGAAUAAUAGAAGACCACGGCGUGCGGGACCGGAGAGAAAGCCACGGCAAGCGUAUAGUGCUAAACAACUUGAGCGACUGGAAGCAGAGUUCAAGAUUGACAAAUAUCUCAGCGUAUCAAAGAGAAUGGAACUGUCCAAGGCUUUAGGACUUACAGAGGUACAAAUAAAGACGUGGUUUCAAAACAGACGGACGAAAUGGAAGAAGCAGUUGACAUCUCGGUUGAAGAUAGCACAGCGACAAGGAUUGUUCCCGGGACAAAUCUUUGGGCACGCUCCACCAGCAUACUCACUGCUGAACCCAUAUGCUUAUACACCGCUUAGCUGCGUUUUUACACCGGUAACUUUACCUUCUUCGCCACCGUAGUUACAUAAUUUAGGAACCUAGAUGUAUGUAAAUGAUAAGCAUCUUACAGGUUGCACAAAUAAGAAAGUUAACUCGAUCGUGUCGAAAGAUGGGUAAUGUAGAUUUCACCUAGUAGGUAUUGAAUAUCAUACCAGUUUUAAAUUAUAAGCAAAGUGGUCGAUCUCACACAUAUAAAAGAACAAACACAUUGGAAAGGAAUUAAACUAGAUUGCUUCUGUUAAGUGUUAACGGUUUGGUCUCUACGCUUGUACCAUCAUAAUUGGCUUUGGAAAAAACCUGGUUACUGCGUAUUUAAUAAAUAUAAGCAUUAUGUUAUUAAUGGUAUUUAAAAUAACAUCAGUAUGUUAUAUUCUCAUUCAAGUGUCGGUUGCUGUAGAAUAAUCUCAUUGAUAAUUCCAAACGUAUUCGCGGCGACUGUAAAAACAGUUGAUUCUUGUUUUAAUAGCUUUAUGGUAUUUCGUCAUUGCAGCACUAGGUUUGUUCUAUUUCAUUAAUGUGUUAAGUAUUUUAAUUGCUCCGUGAACAGUACAUAAUUACUUAACUUGCUACUUUUGUCACUUCGUUCGUACGUAUCGUCCUAAUUCGAAGGUGUCAAAUGUAACACGCAUGGGAUACGUUCAGGGAGUCUAGCACGAGUUUCGACAUUUGUUUUCUUUCCCACUUUUCGAAUAUAGGUGCAUACAAUCUUGUGGUUAUAGAAAUGGAUUUUAGACCGGAUCAGUGUUGAUUCGCAGCGUCAUUGCGUCGCAAACCCGAUUGCGAUUGCUGAGCAAGGGGUCUAGAAAAUGUUUCGGUUUUCGGAUAGGCGAAAUAUUACUAGGACUUUUAGAUUUUUGUUAAUUAUAUUAUCAAUAACAACACAUAUCUGUAGUUGUAACCGCCUAUUAUAGGGAAUCUAUGUACUUAUGUGCUUGUGUACUUAUGUAAAAACUCGUGUGAAAAUUCCAGUUUUUAUAUAAUACAUUCGUUUUGUAAGAUCCCAUUACACUUUAAACCACUACAUAGAUUAUUGUAUUAUUUUCUAUUGUUGUAUUAAUAAGGUAAUUCUAUAUUUACUCUAGUUUUAAAAUCGAUAAAUUAUUUAGAUAUCAUUGUCCAAAAUGUAAAUUGAAAUGUACAUAUCAUUGAGAUUUAAGUCGUAAGCUACUUUUAUUAGAAAUAAG